AUGAUUUCGUCCGCCUCUUCUGCCGGCACGCCCCGGCUCUCGUCCGCACACUCGCCGCAGUCUCUCUCUGCUGGCUGCGCCACAGACUCCGCCACAUCUACCCGUCAUGCUCUCCAGCAGCUGCUGCCUACUUGCCAACGCUGUCGCCGUUUGCGUCGACGUUGCGACACCCAGCUUCCAAACUGCCGGCCAUGCCAGCGCGCUGGUGCCGAGUGCACCAUAUUCGACCAUGCCCUGAAGCAGACGCUUCCACGCGCAUAUGUGCAAUCACUCCUCAUCCGCGUUGAACAUCUCGAAGCUGUCAAGAACAACGCAAACGGCCUGACGAGGUCUCCUGCUGCUUCUGUCCCGAUACCCAUACCAACGACUGCCACUAGUCCAUCGACCGUCUCUGUUGGCGGAAGCAGGCCCGAUCGGCCUGAUGCCCAUCCUGCCACUACUGAUGCCUCUUUCUCUCCCGCUUUCGCUCCCGACUCUUUCGACAUCGUCGUUCCCUCUGCUGCCUCCGCCGAAAAGUCACGCUACUGGGGCGCAUCUUCCGUGUUCGCCCUGACUGUCGAGAUCCUGCACAAUGCCACGGCACGCGGCUUUCUCACAGAGGCCGAGGCCGCCGGCGAGGACGGUGGCAGCCAACCGGCCUCGUUCGCAGACAGGUACACGCAAACCUCCCAUGCCCACACACACACACACGCCGACACCGAGGACAGCCAUCAUCCGAGCCUGGUCCAGGCAGAAGUGCCGCCCGAGGCCGAUAUCCGCGGCCUGUUGCAGCUGUACCUCGUGUCAGCCAACCAGCUAUACGGCUUUGUGGACCCGGCCCAGAUUGCCGCCGACCUGGACGUAUACCUAGCGGUACGGAGGGGAGGAGGAGGUGGCGGCAAGCAGUCAUCCUGUGCACCCUCUCCUCACCAAGUGCAUCCCUACUUUCGCAUCGCCAUGAUGUGUGCCAUUGCCUGUGCGACACGUUCUCGCUACCGGCCACCCCGGGCAGCCGAGAGCUUGGCCUACUACGCAGACGCGGCCGCGUACGUCGAAGAGGUCACGGCCGAGGUCUCUCCGGCAUCGUUGCAGGCGCUGUUGCUGCUCAUCGUCUUCUGUCUGUUUUACCCGCGCCGUGGGAACGUGUGGAAUCUGCUAGACUACGCCUGCCGCCUGACCAUUGAGCUGGGCUACCACACCGAAGGAAGUGAUGACGAAGAUGAGGCCGACGAGGCCAGGCGAGGCGAGAGACGUUGGCCUAGAGGCGACGGUCCCAACGAUGCCGACAACACGGGCAGUCAGACCGAGAGAGAAGCUGCCCGCACGCUCUGUCGGUCGACCUUUUGGGGGCUCUACGCCAUCGAGCGCAUUGUCGGCCAGUUGUUUGGCCGCGGCAGCGACCUUCCCGAGACCGUCAUCACGGCGGCAUAUCCCAGCGCGCUGGCUGUUGCGCCCUUGUCAGUGGGUGCUGGUGGUCCUGUGCAGACUCCCGCGCAUGUCCCCGUGGCCAUGCCGGACCAGCCGACGCUUCAAGCCAUGAGCAUCGCCCACCACUACCGCCUGGUCUAUCUGCGCUCCGAAAUCUUUCGCUCGCUGUACCUGCCGGCUAUUCCGGCCGCAGACGGUUACGAUCCGAACCGGGACAGUCCCGAAGACAACCUCCUCGGCCCCGGCCUCGGCCUCGCCUGGCUGCGCGACCGUCACCAUACCCUGCUGGCCUGGCGCCACGAACUGCGCGAUGUCGGCGAGGACCUCGCCGGGGUGGCCACGAUCACCUGCGAUGUCGGCUACGAUGCCACCAUGUGCUUCCUGUUUCAACCGCUGCUGCUGCGCGCGUUACGGGCAACAGCCGAAAAGGCAACCACUACAACUAGCUCGACUUCUCUCCCUGCUUCUGGUUCGGCUAUGCAUCCUCUCAUUAUUGCCUCCGACCCGUUUUAUUCGUCCAUUCGCCUUAUCCGUACGUAUGAAAAGGUCAUCCGCGCGCCUGAACACUCCGCCCUGGGCUGCUAUCCCAUGACGUUUAUGAGUGCACAUUAUAUUUAUCUGGCGUCCAGCACGUUGCUGUCCCAUGCACUUUUGCGUCUUGAUGACCGUGUGCACGUCUUGUCGCCGAUGGGAGAUGCCGAGGCUGCGCCUCGACGGAUGAGCUUCGAGACGCCCUUGCAGCAAGGCAACACCACCAAUGCACCGGGCUUACAUUCGUUCACUGAGCUUGACUGGGGCGCUUACGUCGAUACUUCAAGCUCCUGGUUAAUUCUGCUGGCCUGGUGUGGCGAGAGAUGGCCGGGUUUGUUAGGCAUCCUACAAAUCUAUCAGCGCCUUUUUUCUCGCACUAUCAAGCUUCUGAUUCAGAUGGGCAUUGCUAAGUGA